AUGGUGGAACCUUGGGAGAUCUUUCUUAUACUUGUGUGCUCACUAUUUGCUUUCUGUGUUCUUUUGAAGUUACUAGGAGUUGGUGGUAGGCUCAACAGCACCUGUGGUUGUGGUGAUGGUAAUGGUGAUGAUGGUGGGGAUGGGGGUGGUGGGGAUGGGGGUGGUGGUGAUGAUAGUGAUGAUAGUGAUGAUGGGGGUGAUGGUGAUGAUGGUGGGGGUGGGGGUGGGGGUGGGGGUGGCGAUGGGGGUGGGGGUGGCGAUGGGGGUGGUGAUGGGGGUGGGGGUGGGGGUGGUGGAGGCGGGGGUGGCUGUGGGGGUUGCUGA